AUGCUCCGCAGUCUCUUCGCGCAGUGGCUACCGCCCUCGCCGGCAUUCACCGAUAAAGAUGUCCCGAAUCAAUCGGGGAAAGUGUUCAUUGUUACUGGCGGGAACUCAGGCCUGGGUAAAGCUUUGAUCGAGUUUCUCUACCCUACCGGGGCCACGAUCUACAUGGCCAGUCGGUCCAAGGAGCGUGCGGAGCAAGCCAUUGAAGAGAUCACAUCCAAAGUUCCCGCACCUGCAACACCAGCAGUGCUGAAGUACUUGCACCUCGACCUUGAUGACCUGGAAGCAGUCAAGACGUCGGCAGCUGCUUUUGCGGCCCAGGAAACCCGAUUAGACGUCCUUUUCAACAAUGCUGGGGUCGGCGGCGUGCCGGUUGGCUCGAAGACCAAGCAAGGUCUUGAAUCACACAUUGGUGUCAAUUGCGUCGCGCCGUUGCUGUUCACACAGGAGCUUUUGGGCCAUCUCAAGUCCGCGGCGGCAAUUGCUCCGCCAAACUCAGUGCGGGUCGUUUGGAGCGCCUCUAUUCUCGUCGAGACCAAUGCACCCAAGGGCGGCAUUGACUUCGACGUGAUAGACUCUGGUGAAACGCAGAACUUUUUGCAUGACUAUUCGGCCUCGAAGUGCGGCAACUGGUUCCUGGCCAUUGAAGGUGCCGCGCGUUAUGGCAGUGAUGGAGUCAUCAGCGUUGCGCAAAACCCAGGUCAGCUCAACACUGAGGUCUUUCGAUACCUAGGCCCUAUCACUCGGGAGGUCCUCAGGCGCCUCGUGUUGUACGAUGUCAGGUAUGGAGUGUACACGAUGCUGUACGCGGCUUUCUCGCCCGAGAUUACAAUGGAAACAAACGGAGCAUACAUCUUGCCCUGGGGACGCAUCCGGACGACAAAUCCACGGCCUGAUAUCCAAGAAGCUGUGGAUAUGGGUGCUGCGAAGAAAUUUUGGGAUUGGUGUGAGGGAAAGUGGAAGCCACACACAUGA